GCAAAAUUUCGCAAGUAGGACGUGUAAUGUAAUAUUAUCAUAAUUCUAAAAUACCUCUGUGUAUAGGAAGACAAAACCUGACUUAUUUUAUUUUCUAGCCUUUUAUUUGUAUUUAACGAAAUUAUAUGUACUGAUUAAUCAUUUUUGUUUUUGUCAUGAGUAAUUCAAGAAAAGAGAUUCUACGUGAAGCAGCUAAAGCGAAGAAGACAAAGCAACAAAAGCCUCAGUCAAUAGACGACGUCUUUGAAGAAGCCAUUGAACUAGAAGAGAGUGGAGACCGCUGGCGGCUAGAUCCUGAAAAGUGCUAUCGAUUCUAUGAAAAAGCUUCCAAAGCUUACGAUGAGUAUUUGACAGCCAGGCCAAAUGACUAUGAUGCUUGGUUUAACAAAGCUAGACUUUAUUUGAAUAUGGUUUCCAAUUGCGAUAUGCUGUCGAGUCAGUCGGCCCAAUAUCUGCAAAUUAGCAUUGACCUGCACCAAAAAGCCAUAAGUUUGGAAACACAUUCUGAAGCAUAUUUUAAUCUUGCGCAAACGCAUAAAUACCUUGCUGAAAGUAGGACAGAAGCUGGUAAUGAGCAACUCGCAUUACCCCAUAUCCAAGCUGCUUUAGAUGCAAUUAUGAAAUGUUCAAUGCUUCAGCAAGACGAAUUUCAUCAGAAAAAGCUAGAGCUGGAACAAAUUGCUUCCUCGGGAUUAGGAAACAUUGAUUUUGAGAAAUUUCGACUACAUGUAUCCCAAAGCGACGAAGACUCUGCUGUUCUUUUGGGAGAAAUCGCUGCUUUAGCUGCGAGCACAAGUCUUUUCACAGAGUCCGACUUUAAGAAUCUAAUUCAAAUCGUUCAGCCUAUUUCGGAAAAGUAUGAUAUUUUAAAAUUUAUGGAUUGGCAUUUGGCAAGGGAAAAGCGCCUCGUAUUAUCGGGGCAACAAUCAGAACAAGUAUGGGUGAAGUUGCUACAAGUCUAUGAUGACCGUCUGUCACAACUGCCUGAAAUCAACGUGCAAAAUCCGUUACAGGCGUCAAAUUCUCCGACGAAGCCCAUCCAUAUUCAAUUAUUGUGUGACAAGGCAGACGCCUACGCAGAAUUUGCCGACACGUUAAUUCAAGCACAGUUACAACAAAACCCAGUCCCGUCCGUGGAAAUCUUGACAAGGGCUUGGAAUAUAUUUGGCCAAGCUACAAAAGCACUCAAACUGGCAAGUACUUAUGAUGCUAGCCGUACGAGAAUAUGGAUUAGCAGAGCAGAUUUGGAGCUUCAAAGGACAGAUAUUCCCCUUGCUAUUGCAGAAAAUUCAAAAUCUGUUUUAUUAAAGAAUGCAAAGGUUAUGUAUGAAAGAGCGUACAAAGAAAUUCAAAAUAGAAAAACCACAGGAACGUUUUGCGAGAUUGUUGUCAAGCAUGAGCAGCUUCAAAGAAGAAUGGGAAUACAUAGUAUUACUUCUCUGGCUGUAAUUCCCAAUGAAGCACGGGAAGACAUACUGGAGAGCCUAUAAAAUUAAGAAUAGACUUGAAGGAAAAAGGAAUCUUAAAACAUCACUUUUCUCUUUGUAAACUUUUCAGAUGAUGUAUUUUCGCCUCGUAGUAUUUCAUCGUUUCUUUAUGAUCCUGUUUUAUAGUAGUCAAUUGAUACGCUUCACCGCCGACGAUUAACCAUAACAAACCAAAGGUAUAGGUUGAAGACCAUCGAAACAUGGUGAUAUACAAUGUUGCUUUUGCUUUCUUUCUCUUGUAAGCUCGUUUAGAAAGGUUUUGUACGAUC